AGCCUGAGGCCGUGAGGUAAUUCCGUUUCCGCUCCCCGAAUACUGCCAUGUUCUCUCAACAAAUCUUCAGAGAAGGGGUGCUGCGAACGACUGCGAGUACGGGAGGUGCGAUUCACCGCGGGAAGUAAGCAAGCUUCACGCCUACAGAUUUUGACAACUGCUCCAUGCCUCUUGCAAGACACGUACGCCGGGUCAGCUCAUUUUUCUAGUACUGUGAGAUCGCAUUGAAAGCUUUUGACUGAACGCAUUAUCACCGAAUUUUAACGGUCCCACCAACCAAACUGGACGAGUGCUAAAGUGGACUAACGUUAGCUAUCUGGUGUUAGCGUCCUUUCCCUCUGCUGAAGUAGCCCCGAUGGCGAAAAACACACUGUCUUCUCGGUUUCGAAAGGUGGACAUUGAUGAAUACGAUGAGAACAAAUUUGUGGAUGAUCACGAUGAGGCAGCGGAUCAACAGGGACCAGACGCCGUGGAGGUAGAUAAUCUCAUAAGGCAAGGAGAAAUGAUGACGGCCUUUCACAUCGCCCUGAAGAACCCACCCAUACACACCAAGAACCCGGCAGUCAAGGAGAGAGCUCAGGCAGUAAUGAUGAAGGUGCUGACGUCCUUCAAAAACAGCGACAUCGAGCCGGCGGUGAAGUCCCUGGACAGGAACGGCGUGGACCUGCUCAUGAAGUACAUCUACAGAGGCUUCGAGAGGCCCUCAGACAACAGCAGCGCCAUUCUGCUGCAGUGGCACGAAAAGGCCUAUGCCGCCGGAGGUCUCGGGUGCAUCGUGCGAGUGUUGACGGCCAGAAAGACAGUCUGACAGGAGGCGGGGGGUCCUUCAGGAGGAGAAGGGGGAGAGAGAGAGAGGGAGAGAAGCGUCACGAUGAAGCACUGACUGGAGACCGGAGGGAGAGGAGGCGGUUCGCUGGAGAGAAAGUAGAUCGUUCUUGAUAAAUGCCACACUCUUUCUUCCUGAAGAUAAAAACCCAUCAGGCCGUUCUGGAAAGCGUGAAAUAAAAAAACACCACACACUACGAGGAAAUAUUAUUAUUUUGACGGACAUUGAUAUGUACACAGUCGGAAUGCUGUUUCUCUGAUCGGGGGCCGGAGAGGGAAAAGAUUCAUAUUCAUACAGCAGUUUCAUAAAUUAUUUGAGAAGUCUGUUGAAAACCAUCAGCAUAGAGUGUGUGUGUGUGUGUGUGUGUGUGUGUGUGUAUGUGUGUAUGUGUGUGUGUGUGUGUAAUUGGAUGGGGUCAUGUGGUUGACAUGAACACAGAAAAAGAGCUGUUGAAAAAGCAGCAGUGAAAAUGCAACAUUUAACAGUGUGAGGUAUGUUUAGCCAAUGUGGUAAUAAAAACACUGUGUAUGUGUGUGUAUGAGAUAGAAAGGGAGGGAGAGAACGAGCGUGUGUGUAUGUGUAUGUGUAAGAAUUAAAGCCUGACAGUUGGUGAGCCUAUUUGUCUGUGAUAUUGGAUGAAAUCAGUGUUUAAUAAUCCGAUUUUAUUUGUUUUCUUCCUUGUCCCUCAUUCUCAUGUUUUGUACAGAGAGAGUACAUUUAAUAUAAAGUUCUGGAGCUGUAUUUAGACACACAGAGGGCCAGUGUAAAAAUGGGGAAGGGGGACUGGAAGGGGGGGGGGGGGUCAUUGUAAAGUGCCUGCUGUAAUAAAGCUCAUGGAUCACCACCACA